CCCGUCUUCUAUCUUCCCGAAGGUCCCUGCCUGGUACCGUAUUCGUCGGUACUUACACCCACUGUGGACUGUGACACCCUGCACACCCUCCGUCUCCAUCUUCUUCUUCACCCUACGUGCCUACCUAACCCAGUCUACUCCCCUCACCCUACCUUACUCCUCCUUCUACUCCUCCUCCUCUUCAUGCUCCUCCUGCCCAACCUGACCUGGCACUCACUCGCCCUCACCUCCUUCAGUCAUCCAUCAUCCACUUUGCGCCAGGCUUCGCUUUAGGCCUGUCCUUAUUAUUCUUCUCGCUGCCCUCCGAGCCACGCUUUGCGCUCCCUUCUCUCUUCUUCUUUUCUACCACUUCUCCCCAUUUACCGUGUCAAACAUCGACAUAUCAAGCUCUCGAAACUGUGCGGUUCCUCUGCCCAGCGCGCCCAUCGCCACUACCAUACUCGAAACCUCUCAGUUGGUACAUACCGCCACCAAUCCGCCCCUCCACACAGAUAUCAACUCGCUUCUGUCGCCUCGCCCCGCCCUGAAUAGCAGUAUUUAUCCAUUCGGUGCCCUCUCACUGCUCGUUUGACACUGACGCACACUUCUGUCUACUCUUGAUUCAAUUCAAGUCAAUGGAGGCUUGUGCUUGUCAUCGAGCGCACAAGUAAAUGGUCUAUCGCAUUACUCCCACUGUCCACCAUCCUCAGCACGGUUGCGUCAGCACCCGACCGCAGUAAAGCGACACUCAAACAAGCUUCCCGCAGCGAACGUCAUCAUCAAUUGGGUCACAAAUCCCCCACUUACGGCUCUCGCUCCUCCUAACACAAUCAACCACCUGCUGGUCAAUUAAAUCUCUUUCAAAGGCAGUCAGACGCUUGAAGCAAGAAGUUGCUUUUUCGGUCCCGUCUUCAGCCCUGAACACGCAAUUGUUCUUCCGCUGUCCACCGGCUUCCCUUACACCCGAAAUACCCCAACUCCGAUAUCUCCAUUUUCCGCCUCGCCACCAACAACAACAUAUAAGAUGGCUGACAAACCCAACCGCACCGCCGCUCCGCAACCUACAAGAACCUUCGACUCAACUCACACUUCCCAAAUCCCUUUCAAGUUCUCUAGGAUGCAACCAUCUUCAUCGACCUCAAUCUCACAAGCAAUGGAGCCCAACUACCACAUGACACCGCAUCAAGCGACAACGAUGGCUCGAGAGCCGAAGAGGGCUUUCGACAUUAGCAAUUUAAUGUCUCCUCCAGAGCCGGUUCCAUAUGACAGCUUCAGCCAAGGUCAGCAAAAUACGGUACAGACUGCAUCGGGUGCUUCACAAGCCAACGAAUCAUCCAAGCCCCACAUGCCCAUGUCGCCUCCAGUCUCGCCUUACAUCACAGAGUCCAGCAACAUAACCAUUCCUGGAACUCCGGCAAAGGAUCCGAUCUUAUACCCUCGCGAAGAUGCGGCUUCUAGUCCGACACAGCCACCUCUCUUUCCCAGCACCGAAUCCAUCGAGCACAGACGCAUUGUCGACGAACACAUUGUUACGCGACCUCCUGGCCUAUUCCGCGAGGGCUCGCCUCCUCUCAGAGAAGACUACGAAUUAGCUCUGCAACUCAAGUCGCAGGUCAUGAGACUCUUUGCGAACAAGAGGAAGUCUUGGUACGAGAAGGAGAGGGACCAAGUAAGAGCCGACCGGAAGCUGAACCACGCCCGUUGGAACAGCGUCGUGCGAUAUCAGACUAUCGCCCCAGCCAAGUCCACACCCGUCAAGGCCUCCAAGCCAGCAGUCAGCAAGCCUAGGAUUUCGUUAUCCUCAAAUCCUAAGCCUGAACGUGUUGUCAAGGCUCAGGCUCCUCGGCCCAUCCGCAACAGCCCCCCGACUCGCCAUGCUCGCCGCGUCAGUUCGACUCCGGACCCUGCUCGUCGUAUCGUGGCACCGAACAGAGAAGACCGCGACUUUGCUGCUCUUCCCGAUUUUUGCCCCCCGAUUUCUUCGCUGCCAGACAAGCCCAACUGCUUGAAGGUAGACUGGAAAGGCGCCCCCAUCGACCUCAGCGACGACGCCAAUGUUCAUUUGCUUCACCCUGAUGAGGUCAGCCUUGCUGCAAACCUUCGACUCGACUGCGCUACCUAUCUUACAAGCAAGCGACGCAUUUUCGUCCGUCGGGUCGAGUGUGCGAAGGUUAGCAAGGAGUUCCGCAAGACGGACGCUCAGCAGGCCUGUAAGAUUGAUGUCAACAAAGCUUCCAAGCUUUGGACAGCUUUCGACAAGGUCGGUUGGCUCGACCUCAAAUGGACAGCCAAAUUUCUCUGAACAUUUCUCCAAGCAACUUGUUCUUCAGAACCAUGCAUCAUCUGGCAUGAUGCAUGGUCGUCACGUUUCGAAACUUUUGCCACGACGCCAUUCUUACGAUGACUUGAAUAGACUUACGACAUACGACACAUGAGAAGAGCUCAAGUUAUCCCCUCGUUCUUUUUCCUUUUAGGGGCAUUUCUUUGCAUACAGCGAUUUAGGUUUGGAUCGGUUCACAAACCCGGAUUUCCUACUUCUAGUAUUAUGGGACAUGGUCCUUCGCUUUUCUUUCGUGCAGCGAAAGCGGAAUUCAGGUUUCAUUAGGUCUUGAUAUUUUGGGUCUGUUUCAUCACACAUGCGGCAUCACAUCACGGACACAGCCAUUUACUACAUCAGAGCAUUAGGGACAACUACCAUGAUACCCGGAGUGCGACAGAAAUCUGAUUACCCCAGUCAUGUCACCCCACUCCAUCACAAUUUCCUUUGUUUGGUUUUGCAUUUGGGCUUGGUCAUCAUACCCCCUUUCCAUUAGUUUUGGUUCAAGGUCAAUUGGUUUUGGUUCAGGGCAGAGUUCAUUCGCGGCUAUUGUAUCAGCAGGUGGCUGAGAUGCUGGGACAGCCUGAAGAUUGGCUACGAUUAUGUUGUUAUCGGGUGGGACAUAGUUGCGGUACGGCAGCUAUUUCUCUACUAGGAGGAAUAGACGGUCUCGGAUCAAUUAGGACAUGAUAUCUUGUCUGGUAUUUUUACUAUGUGAUGACCGUCAAUAACCACCCACCAGGGUUGUCGGGUAAUCUAUGGUGGAUUGAGUAUGACAAACUUAGACAACAUAUUAUGUGGGAAAAAAAAACACAACAAUAAUA